AUGAUAAGGCUGGAGAAGAGACAGACGAGGCAGCAGCAGAACCAAGAUAAAAGGAACAAUUCUCCGGGUUUAUAUUUCCAGGCCAUCGCACGAGAGAACAAGGAACAGCUUCCUGUUGAAAUCCAGCCUUCUACUGUUCCCAACGACAAAAUCCUCAAAGUCUUCACUCAAAUGUCUCAAGUAAGACACAACCUGACACAUCCUCGCUUUAUUCUGGUGGAGGAAGAGGAUGAGGCUGACAUCAUUUGGAAUUAUGAUCACAUCAAAGACUACAGGAAGCUGAGUGAAGAGCGGCCUCAUGUCAUGCUGAACCAGUUCCCCUGUGAGAGCUUAGUGACAGUGAAGGACUGCCUGGCUGCCAUGGGCCGCAGGCUGAAAGGCGGUCCCACAUCUGACUGGCUUCCAGAGACCUUCAACCUCCAGACGGAGCUUCCACACUUCAUCAAACAUUAUCAGCUGAGACGACUCAGGGGAGAAGACAACUACUGGAUCUGUAAGCCGUGGAACUUGGCCCGGGGUCUGGACACACACAUCACCAGUAAUCUGAACUUCAUCAUCAGACAGAGAGAGAGCACACCAAAGGUGGUGUGUAAGUACCUGCAUGAUCCGGUGCUGUUCAGCAGAGAAGUAGGAAUGGUAAAGUUUGACAUUCGCUACAUGCUGAUGCUGCGCUCGGUGCAGCCACUGCGUCUCUUUGUCUACGAUGUCUUCUGGCUGCGCUUUGCCAACAAGCCCUUCUCUUUGGAUCAUUUCGAUGACUACCAGAAACACUUCACUGUUAUGAACUAUGCAGAAGGAGUGCAGCUUAAACAGGUUCACUAUGAUGAGUUCAUCCCCAUGUUUGAGCAACAGUACCCUCAGUAUCCAUGGAAAGACGUGGAAGCAGACUUAUUUAAGGCUUUCAAGGAAUUCUUCCAAGCCGCUUCAUCUCGGCCAGCACCAUAUGGAAUCUGUCCAUAUCAGUCAUCCCGGGCCAUCUAUGCUGUGGAUCUCAUGUUGAAGUGGUGUCAAGGGCAAAAUGGUGAGCGGCUCAUGCAGCCUCAGAUCCUGGAGUUGAACUUUAGCCCUGACUGUGCCCGGGCCUGCCUCUACCAUCAUGACUUCUACAACCACAUGUUCCAGACUCUGUUCCUGGAUCAGCCUGAGAACUGUCCAGUCACUCAGAUAGUGUGAACAAAGCUUCACUACAGAUGACUCUUUAUGGUUUAGGCUUUUAUCAGCUUUUUCAGUAUUAAACUGGCUGAUGUGUUUCACUGCAACAUAUUUUGUCCAAUCAAUUAUAAGGUAAACGACCUGCUCAGAAAGUAGGGGUGUCCAUGUUUUUUGUUUUCAAAUAGGAAAUCUGACCCUGGUAGAUGACAAAUGGCACACAUCUACCGACUGAAUUUAAUAAAAACAGGAAAAUAAAUAUAUAAGCAAUUAAUACAGCUGUAUUAUAAGAAAAUUGAGGUGUUUGGGAACAACAGCAUCUCAGCCACGAAAUAUUAGGCCGCGUAAACUGACAGAGUGGGGUCAGUGGAUGCUGAAGAUCAUAGUGUGAAGAGGUCACCAACUUUCUGCAGUAAAUUGCUCCAGUACUUCAUAUGCCCUUCAGAUUAGCUCAAGAACAGUGUGCAGAGAGCUUCAUGGAAUAGGUUUUCAUGGUGACCAAUUGCAUCCGAGCCAUACAUCACCAAGUACAAUGCGAAACAUUGGAUGCAGUGGUGUAAAACACGCCGCCAUACAGUGGGGGCGCAUUCUCUGGAGUGACGAAUCGCGCUUCUCCAUCUGGCAAUCUGAUGGCAGAUUCUGGUGUGGAUGGCCAAUCAAGUUCAUCCACCUGGUUGGUGCAACCCAAUAAAACACCUUUGGGAUGAAUUAGAGCAGAGACUGAGAGCCAGGCCUACUUGUCCAACAUCAGUAUGUGACCUCACAAAUGCACUUCUGGAAGAAUGGUCAAAAAUCCCCAUGAACACAUUCCUAAAGCUUGUGGACAGCCAUCUCAGAAGAGUAGAAGCUGUUCUAGCUGCAAAGGAUGGACCAAUGUCAUACAGAACCCUAUGGAUUAGGAAUGGGAUGCUACUUAAGCUUAUAUGUGAGUCAAGGCAGGUGAGUGAAUACUUUUGGUAUUAUAGUGUAUUUUACCACCAUCAAAGAACACAUUAUUAAAGUGACUCAAUAAGUCCAAUGUCCAGACCUCUUCUAAACUUUUUCAUGCUCAAUUUAUUAGUAAUCCUUUACUAAUGCAGUUAACUUACAGCAUAAUUUGGCUGCAGCAAUCAGGGGAUGAUGCUAAAUCAAAUGAUUAUAAUAAAAAAUCAUCUCAAUCUAAGAACACAUCUCCCUAACUCUGAAACUGAAUUUGAGAGACUGUGCAUGGAAUGUGAACCCCAAUACAGGCCUGAUGGAGAAUGAGACCCAACAAAGUGUGUGGAAGGCAGGAGGCAGUCCCUUUUAACCAAUUGAUGAUUGAUAUCCUUGCUGGCCAGUGAGACUUUGCCUUGAACAUUGGGGCCCCCAGGCCUCAACAGAUGGUUGAGCUCCAGUUUAUAACUGCAGUCUUUAGUCAUUCCUGGGUUGUUUCCUCACACACAGAAUAACCCUCUGCUGACCCUGCAAAACGUGGCAAAAAAAAAAUGCAUAAGAAUGUCAUACUGAGAACCUAAUACACCAUUCACAUGGUAGUGGCAGCAUCAUGAUGUGGUAUGGUGGGGCGCUAGACUAACUUUUUGCACUGGUGCAUCUAACUUUUUCUUCUUAGAUUCACUAGCACAAAAGUUAUGUGCACCCAAAUUUCUGACCAUGCUGCAGUUUUAAAGUUCCUUUAAAAAAAAAACACUAUAAUAUUAAGGUAAUAUUGACCUGCAAAUGAUUAAUGGUUUUCUUCAUCAAGAACAGCUAAACUGAUCACAGUUGAUUGAAGUUGGUUGGAUGUAAUGGAGGACAAUCCUGGAGAAAACCUGUUUGAGGCUGCAGAAGACCUGAGUCUGGGGUGGAGGUUUGCCUUUCAGCAGGUCAACCAACCUAAACACACAGCCAUGCUGUAAAUCAUUUUGGUGUCAUGGUUCAAAUAUGAAGUCUGACCUAUUGGGUUAGAUCAAAAAUGGGUUACAUUUAAGGAUAGUCCUGUAUUCCUGUGUGGUUCAGUCUAAUUCCAUGCCUAAUCCUACUGAGAAACUGUUACAAGGCUUUAAAAAAAUCCACAGUCCACAGAUGCUGCCCAUAUCACUAGACUAAACGUGUGCAACUUUCCAAAGAAGAAUCAAAACUUUUGAAUACAAAUGCAAAAUAAAGCAUAAUUUCUACUUCAUAAUUGUAACCUCUGUUAUAUGUUAUAUAAAUUAUAAUAAAGUCAAAAUUUGUAGCAGUUGUACUUGCAUCAUGACAAAAUUGAAAAUUUCAAGCAAUCUGAACACUUUUGUGUAUGGGGUGUGCAUGCGUGUGUAUGUUGGGUGCUGAAUUUGCUAGGAGUUUGCAUUUUCUCAACAUGGAUUCCCUUGAGGUUCUCUAAUUAUAGAUGGCCACAACCUCCACCAGCAACCCUGCACAAAUAAGCAAUAUAACCUGUAAGAUUCAUUAGACAUGAGAUAAAUUUAACAAACUACCAGAAUUCCAAACAAUGGGAUCUCUGCUGUUUAAAUAUAUGAAGAGAGAGCUUAUUGACUUAUAUUUAGUUGUCUACACGUACUUUUGAGGCAUUAAUGGAAUUCCAUAUAUAUAUCUUAGAAAAUAACUAGACCGUAAAAUACUCGUUGCUACAUUGGUAGCCACGCCUUCCCAUGACACCGCCAAUCAGAGUUGACGCUGGGGUUAUAUAAACCCAUCGGUCCAACGGUUAAGGUUUGCCCCUCCCACUAUGAUUUCAGAGUAAUGCUAUGUCAGAGUUGGGGGACGUUAGGAGAGCUCGUGUGAGUUGAAGGGAAGGGCAGUGGAAGUCGCGUGACCUCAGUCUAACUUAUGUUUGUGGAUUUGCCCGGCGUGCAUUUUGGAAAACCUUGCUCGAAGUUCAUUAGCGGAAAAAACAGGAAGUAACUUUCAAGUUGUGAACAACUGUACGCCUUCAGUAGGAACCAGCAGAACGAAAAGAGGUGUUCAGUGACCAGGUCAGGUCCGAGGUGAUGUGGAUUCCCAGAAAUUUGAUGUUGCCUGCGCACUCCACUUCCUCCCCUUGAAUUCUAAUAGAUAAGUCAAGUGCUUCCUAGAAAUGUGGGCGUUCCUUCGGCCAAAAGAUGAUUCAUGAUCCUCUGUGAAAUUACAUGCCGCUAUAACCAAGGAAUGACAUUUUGUCAAUAUGUACUGAAGAUUACAGUGACUUGUUGUUCUACUUGGAAUCAACUGGACUGGGCACAAUCAUAACAGAUAAUCUCAGGAACCAAAGACCUACCAAUUUCACUGAAGACCAAAGCAAGCACUACAUUCCUUGACUCAAACCAUGGAGAGCCUUACUCUUUAAAAUAAGGAUCAGAGCCAGAAUUUCCAUUUCACAACUUUGCAAUUUGGAUGCCUCCCAGAGAAAACAGACCCUACAUGUAUGGUGGAUAAGAAGGGACAAACUAACGAAUGCUCAGCUGAAUGGGCCUUCGGUCUUUGGUGUGUUUUAGUGUCCUUAAGGAAGAAGUACUUGGAGGCUCAACAAAGGAUCCCUUGAACAAUUUAGUGAUGGAGUCUCCCCAUUCAGACCAGUAAUAAUUUCACACCAUUGUUUUAUUUUUUCUAAGAAAAGUUCUGGAAGAUUCUCAAAGCUUCCAUCAGACAAUGUUCUUACAUUCACCUCUUCAUUGUCAACCAUCCACUGUCAGUGUCUUAACAGACAAUAUACUGACAAAUGACCAAAUAUGUGAAUGGAUUGCUUCCAUGGUUUCAGAAUUUAGGUAUGCAAGAGAACAAGGUGUGUUCACCAGCAGAACCUCUGAGCAACACGACUCUGAAACCAGCACAUCACCUCCCAACUUGGUAGUCACCUCCCCCCAGGCCUCCACCUCUGAUAAAGACGAUGAGCACAAGCAAAAUUUUAAUCUGACUUUUUCUCAGCUGGGUUCUGUCACAGUUGGUCAGUCACCUGAAGAAGACGGUUUAAGGACAACUACAAAAUCAAGUUCUGAGAAGAAAGAACAUUCACAGAUCCUGUCAGAAGUCUCCAGCACCCAUGAGAAGAAGGAUGAACAGAGUUCUGUCAUUAACACUACCAUUGAUGACUUUAGCAGUGAUGAACUGACAAAGGAGUCCGAUCGAACAGUGACUGGCAAUUCAUCAGAUAAAGACUCCAUGUUUCGGUUAGAUGGCAGCAAGACUUUAGAUGACAAAGACGGAAAAAGUGAAGUUUGUCAGCAGCAAAAGGGGUAUGAAAUCAAAGAGUGGAGAGUAGUAGUUGCCUCGAGGUCAAGUACAACCAAAGAAGAGUCCAGGAAAGCUGGUAAAACUCAAACUGAUGGAGCAAGCUCAUUGGGUUCACGCCAACAGAACUCAACCAAUGUAUUGGACAAAAGGCUCCAACAAACCAAACCUAACCAUCCAGCACAAAGCAACACAGAUGGAACACCAAAUUUUCAAAUUCUAACUGAUCCCCAGUAUGAUAAUAUUUCAGAUGUGGAAGAGCCCUUAGGGUUGACUGCCAGAUUUCUGAGGGUAGAGCAAUAUGAAGACAUAAGUGAAGAUGAGAAUCAGGGCAGUGGAAAACGAGCUGGGAAGAUGGGCUCUACCCCACCUGUUGUAUCUGAGGCCUGCAGUAAAACAUUAGAAAAUGUGCAGAUUUACGAUUCCCCCAAUACACCCACACUCGAUGAAAUAACAGAUGUCCAUUCUCUGCAUUCUGUUGAAAAUGCUGAUGAGUCAGAACAUAACUUGUGUAUUGAUAGAGAUCAUGGAGGGCAGACAAGCCACUUCUAUGAGGAAUUUAGCGAUGAGUCUGAUGAGGAGAGUGAGGUUGAGUUUGAAGUGGUACCUGUAAUGAUGUCAGACCUUAACCCUGAACCGGUGGAAGAGGAGCCUGCUUCAGGAAAAAUUAUGCAACAUGACUGUUAUCAUGAAAACCAAAUUCACCAGCAUGACGUAAGUGCAAGACAAAGUUGUGCUCCAAAGCCAGUACCGGCAUCUGCAUUUUCCCAGAUGGCCAUCUUUGACACGCCAGACGAUCAAGAACAAGCCAUUAGAUGUGGUCAGGUUUCCUUUGUCGCACUCCCCUGUGGCAGCCCUGAGUCAACAUCAGGACAAGGUGAGGACAGUUGUGCCACUGAGGACAGUUGUUCUUAUUCAUCUGGUCCUGAGUGCAACUAUAUGACUGCGUCUAAGGAGCUAUAUAAGAGCAUAUCAUCUGCCCAAAGAAAGACUGGCCACUGCGUCCCUGAAAACAGGGAGGAUGUGCAAAUGCCUCCAGAUGAUGGUAUAAUUGACAACCUGACUUUGGAUGUGGAAGAUAAGCACCGUGAGUCAGAAAUGAAGAAACAAUCUCAAACUUCACAGAAUUCCAAACAAAAUGAUGAAAGUGUUGUGAUUAUUUUGUCUGACUCGGAUGAAGAAGGUAGAGAAAAAUACAAUAUCGCAAAGAUGACUUCGACAGCAACUUCAGUAGACUGUGGCAGAGGUUCUUCUAGACAAGAGAGGAACACAGCAACUCCUGAAGUAGCAACAUUGGACAAGAACCAAAAGAGCAGCAGGUCAAGAGUGAGUUGGCAACAGUCUGGCAAUGAAGAUCCGACAAGAGAGGUUAUCUCAGCGGAAGCAGAGGACAGUGACGACUUCUCAAAUGCAGGUGUAAAUGUUUUGGUUCCUGAAAGGAAAAAACAGAGAACAGCCUCUAGCCACCCCAGACGGUUAUCAGAGGCAGACAUCACUAAAAAUUUCUGUAUAAUUGAUCGCAUGAUUGUUAUAGAAUCUAAAUCUGGUGAGCCGGCUACACUUGUCAGGGUACCCAGAGACCCCAGGCAAGGUCUGCGUCAAUCCAUGCCAAUGGCAAAGUCUUCAUUUACAGAGAGGGAUAGGAUUAGAGAGCAACCUGACAAACCUGCCUCCAUCCCCACUAGAACUCAUGUAGAAGCCCACAAGAACUCUCGUAGACGCAUCAUGCAUACUUCACAGUCUCCCUCCUCUGACAACCCUUCAGCAAUGGAUCAUCCCUUCACUCCUGCAAGGUUUCCAUCAUCUUCAGCUCCUGUUCAGUCAAUGCCAGUCACCAGCCAUGCAAGGGGAAAAGUGUUUAGAACCUGGAAAGAUCAGCAUGUCCCUCUGCGCAGGGAGAAAAAACACAAGAGGGCAAAUUCCUUCCAACGUCCUCGCUAGAUGGUUCACCAGUAGCUCAGAUGGCAGUGGUUUUUCCCAGGAUAUGAUGAUCACUGAGAAAAAUUCUAUUAGGUCAUUUAUAUUUUAUUCAUAAUUCUAUUAAACAGUAAAAUAUGUAUAAAGUAUCACAUUCUGGAUGUUUAAAUAUAUCUUAUUGUCUUAUUUCCAGUAUUGUAUCUCAUUGUUUUUUGGGACAAAUGUAAAUUUGAGAUGUCACAUGUGAAUGUUUUAUCAACCUCAUGUUGUACUGAACAUUUGACUAAAAUCCUCACUUUUCACCUA